UCAAGCCGUGGUUUUUUGUGGCACUGCAGUGGCCAUUCUGGUGGAAAUUUUGGGCAUUAUUGGUGCAUGCUCUGGUGGGUGGUCGUGGCUUUCGCCGCCGGUUAGCAACAUUAAUAUCUGAUCGAUCCUCCAUUGCAACGCUGAGUACUUAAAAUUGCUAUAUAAUAUAUUAAUGGUUCCCCACUUCCCUCCCGAUGACAGUUCUGCACCACUCAAGUCCACCGCUGUGGCCAUUGACAAGGAUAAGAACAGCCCGCACGCCGUCCGAUGGGCUAUUGAUCAUCUUGUUAUCAGUAAUCCCUCAAUUAUCCUAAUCCAUGUUAGGCACAAAAGCAGUACCCAACAACAUCAAAGUGGGAAUGAUCAUGGAGAAUCAGGCGAUCAUCAUCACUCGGAUGGCAAAGAGCUCUUCAUGCCCUACCGCGCAUAUUGUGCUCGUAAAGGGAUUCAAUUGAAAGAAGUUGUCGUCGAAGAUAAUGACGUUUCUAAAGCACUUCUGGACUAUGUUAAUAAGAACUGCAUCGACAGUAUUGUAGUUGGUGCAUCCACAAGGAAUGCCCUCACAAGAAAGUUCAAAGGUUAUGAUGUAGGAAGUGGCUUACUGAAAUCCGCACCGCAUUUCUGUUCGGUGUAUGUGAUUUCGAAGGGGAAGAUAUUCUCAGCACGAACAGCACCAAGGCCCCUGAUUAAUGCUGUUACCCCACCCAAACAACCAUCUGGUCCAUCUCCAAUGUCUGGACUUCCACCACCAGUACCUGAAGUACACAACGGGGAGGACAAUGGGGCCAGUGCCACCAGAUCUGCAAGGUCACCAUGGAGAACUAGUGGAGGGCAUGACAAAUUAAUGCGUUUGGAAAGGCCGGGGAGUGAGACGUUGAGAGCAACAACAACACGUGAUCGCGAGAGGACCAAAAGUAGUCCAACCAAUCUUUUAAUAGAGAACAUAGACCUUCCUUACCGAGGGGCGCCGCCAAGGCCUUCCUUUGGCCACGAUUCUCAUGUUGAUGAUGGUGAUCUUUUACCAGGGCCAAUGGUGAUGGGAUCUAUGGAUUUAUCAGAUCAAAAUUUGGAUUUCAACAUUCCACAUUCUCCCAAGGAUCCCUUGGCCAGACACUCUGCCAGAGACUUAGAAGCUGAGAUGAAGAGAUUGAGGCUCGAGUUGAAGCAAACCAUGGACAUGUAUAGCACAGCUUGCAAAGAAGCAAUCUCGGCCAAAAAUAAGGCUAGAGAGCUUCAUCAAUGGAAAUUGGAGGAGGCUCGCAAGUUUGAAGAAGCGAGGCUGGCUGAAGAAGCAGCCCUAGCAAUUGCAGAAUUAGAGAAAGCUAAGUGCAAAGCAGCCAUUGAAGCAGCAGAGGCGGCACAGAGGCUAGCAGAGAAGGAAGCUCAGAGAAGAAAACAGGCAGAGAUAAAAGCCAAGCGAGAAGCAGAAGAGAAAAAUCGGGCAUUGACUGCAUUGACACAUGGUGAUGUCCGGUAUAGAAAAUAUGCCAUAGAAGAAAUUGAAGUUGCAACUGAGAAGUUUUCUCAAUCAAUGAAAAUUGGUGAAGGUGGAUAUGGACCUGUGUAUAAAGGCAUACUUGACCACACCCCUGUUGCCAUCAAAGUUUUGAGACCUGAUGCUGCUCAAGGGAGGAAGCAAUUCCAACAGGAGGUUGAAGUCCUUUGCAGCAUCAGACAUCCUAACAUGGUCCUCCUCCUUGGUGCCUGUCCCGAGUAUGGUUGUUUGGUCUACGAAUACAUGAAUAAUGGCAGCUUAGAAGAUCGGUUGUUUCGAAGAGGCAACAGCCAUCCACUUUCCUGGAGGAGACGAUUCACAAUAGCUGCUGAGAUUGCCACUGCACUGCUUUUCCUUCACCAAGCAAAGCCAGAACCACUUGUGCACAGGGACCUUAAGCCUGCCAACAUCCUCUUAGACCGCAACUAUGUGACCAAAAUCAGUGAUGUUGGCCUAGCACGUUUGGUCCCACCUUCUGUGGCUAAUAGUGUCACACAAUAUCACAUGACUUCAGCUGCAGGGACCUUUUGUUACAUAGAUCCUGAAUACCAACAAACAGGCAAGUUGACAACCAAAUCGGACAUAUAUUCAUUGGGGAUAAUGCUGCUCCAAAUCAUCACAGCCAAGCCCCCAAUGGGUCUUGCCCACCAUGUUCAGAGGGCCAUUCAAAGACAGACAUUUGCAGAGCUGCUUGACCAAACUGUGACGGAUUGGCCCAUGGAGGAGGCUCUAGUAUUUGCUAAAUUGGCAUUGAAGUGUGCAGAGCUGAGGAAAAAGGACAGACCAGAUCUUGCCACAGUUAUAGUGCCUGAGCUCAACCGAUUGAGAGAGCUUGGUACGACUAGUGAAACAAACAGUAGUCAUGGACACAGUAGUAGUGGUCAGAAUCAGAGCCAUAUGUCAAAUCAUCUAGCAUCGACUUCGAAUGCUAGGACAACAAAUGAAAGUUAGCUUUGUUAUUUUCUCAGAUCACAUACACUACUAGAUGUCCUUCAUCUUUAAGGACAUGAUUAUUUUACUUUUGAUGUUCCCAUUUAAAUUGUUCUAUUAUUGUAAUGCUUAUAGCAUUAUGAGUUGCCUACGGGUGGCACCCUAUAAUAGCUAUGACAUUAUGCUGUGUAGAACCAUAUACAUGGUGAUCAUUUUGUUAA